CCAGCAGAGCCCUCCCUCCCUCCGGGCUCAGCCCUGCCCCGGGGCUGCGGCGCCAUGUCCCGGCCACAACUCGUGUCCGGCCUGAAGGAAGAGCUCACCUGCCCCAUCUGCCUGGACAUUUACAGUGACCCCACAUCCCUGAGCUGCAGCCACAGCUUCUGCAGGGACUGCAUCAAGCAGGCGAUCCGGAGCCAGCCGAGCCCCGUCCGCUGCCCGCUCUGCCUUUCCACCGUCGGGGAGCUGCAGCCCAACUUCCACCUCCGCAACAUCGUGCAGAAGUUCAUGGAUGACCCUGCGCACCAAGAGCAGGAAGAGCAGGAAGGGCAAUGCCAGGAGAAGGGGGAGAGCUCGGGGCAGCCAGAGGAGGUGAUCCUGUGUGAUUUCUGCCUCCAGGAGCCGCAGCCCGCCGUGAAGACGUGUCUGAGCUGCGAAGCCUCCCUGUGCCAAGCCCACCUGAAGAAGCACGGCGGUGGCAGCGCCCAGAAGAACCAUGUGCUGGUGGAGCUGUGCGGUGCCCAGGUUUUGGCCGAGAGGAGAUGCCCCGAGCACGGCAAACUGCUGGAGUGCUUCUGCCAGCAGGAAUGCGUGUGCAUCUGCAUGCUGUGCUCAGUCCUCUCCCACAAGGAGCACAAGAUCAUCAGUUUGGAGGAGGCUUUCAACGUAGCUCAGAAAGCAUUGCCUGGAAUUCUGGAAACAAUGAAACGCCACGAAGGUGCACUGGAUCAAACCAUAGCAAACCUGCUCAAACAAGAGACAGCACUAAAGACUGAGGAGAACCAGCACAGGCAAAGGCUGGAGAACCUGUUCAAGAAGAUGCAUCUGCAGCUGGACAACAAAAAAGGAGAGCUCCUGAAAGUCCUCAGUGACUAUGAGGAGCAUCAACUUCAUCGGAUUCAGACAGAGAUGAAUAAUCAGAAGAAGAGGAAGGAUUCAGCCAGCCGUGAUGUUCAGGACCUGGAGGCUCUGAGAAAUCAGAAGGACAAACUUCUUUUCACCAAGGGUUUUUCAGCAAUUAAAGCCAGGCAAUGCAAUACACUUCCUAGAAUGGAUGGCAUGACAGUGCCAAAGCCACCCAUUACUGUGGAUAAAUCAAAAGCAGAUGUUGUCAUGAGGCUUUUCCAGGAAUUCCUCUCAAAGCUGGACUUCUCCUUUAAGCCACCACCAUCUUCAGGAUUUGGAGCACCACCACCACCACCACCUUUCUCAUUUAGUAAUGCUACAGGAAGCUCUGGAUCCCGGUCUGGGUUUAACUCUGGAUUCGGUUUUCAAUCCAACUCUUCAUUCACGUUCGGAUCUACCUCUGGUUUUUACCCCAACUAGCCUAAUGAAGCACAAACUCAAUGGCAAUCGUAAUGAUAACAAUCACAGAAAGUAGGGAAGAGAGAGAGAAAGCCCAACCAAAACUAAUGAUGCACAGCACAAUUGCUUCCCCAUCACCUGCUCUCUGAUGUCCAGCCACUGCUCCUGAGCAGCAAUUGGCUCUUUCUGGCCAUCUCCCCCCAGUUCAUAUACUGGGCAUGGUGUUCUAUGGUGUGGAAUAUCCCUUUUGUGGCCAGUUUGUGUCACCAGCCCCAGCUGUGCUCCUUCCCAGCUUUUUGUGCUUUUUUCAGUGGCAGGGCAUGAGACACAGAAAGGUCCUUGGCUCAGAUUAAGCACUGCUCAGCAACAGCCAAACCAUCAGUGUCUUAUCAAUGUUAUUCCCUACUGAACCCAAAACUGUGCCAGCUGCUGGGAAGAGGAUGAAUUCUAUUCCAGCCCAAACCAGGAUAGGACUCCAGUUCACACACUGCUAUCCCAGAUGUGCAGGGUGGCCAGAGCUGCUGGAAGCUUGGAAUUGUUUGUGCCUGGUUUGAAUGCUGCCUGCAAAUGCCUCAGUUAUCUCUGUGUGUUACUUAGGUCAAAGACGUGUUCAAGGCAGAAGCAACACUCUCUUUUCAUGAUGUGUCUGUGAAGGCUGGACAUCCUGCUAAGAACUUCAGGCUUAUAGAGGCAGGAACCAUCCCUUUGAAGUAUCCCAUCCACACUGCCACGAGUGUGUUGAAGCUCAAGGUGUUAUUUGGUACUUCCAGCACUAGAAAUUGUGAUCCUUGCACAGAGGCUGUGCUAAACAGAAAUUGGAUUGUGGGCUGCUGUGACAGGGGGUAUAUCACAGCACCCUGACUCUUCCUGCUGGAGCUCCUCUUUUAUUUGUUCUGUUAAUCAAAAUGGAAAUACCAUUAAAUUGCUAAUUUUUGCUCAGCAUUAUCAAA